AUGUCAAGAGCUUUGGCAGCAUACAGAAACGGAUUAAGAGCGGCCCGUGUGGCUUUUGGCGGAGAUACACGCAUGUUGGUUGCCGCAAGACAAAAGAUGAGAGAAGGGAUGAUUAACCCUCCAAACCCAGAACUCUCUCCUGAUGAACAGAUCAAACACAUGAACGAUGUGGCCCAGUUCUUGAGACAAAAUAUUGUUCAAGGCAAGAAAGCAGAGGGAGACAAGUAUCAUCUAAAUAUUCACAAAGACACUGAAUUGGGGGACAAUGAAACCAUCAAAACUGCAAAGAAGACCUUAGUGGCUCAAGGAGGCGGAUGCUGUGGUGGUGGCUCUGGACUCUACAAAUAG